CGCGGGCCCGAUUGUGAUGGGUCCGGUCAGCCAGGAGGACCUCGACGCGGUCAAGCGCGAGAUCGAGGUGCGCAUGGACCCGUCGGGCGGCCUCGAGCUGCUGUACCAGCCGAUCAAGGGCAACGAGGCGGCCCCAUCCAACGACGACGUGUACCCGCUCGACGCCUCGACCUUCUGCGGGCCGCGCGAGGCGGGCAAGCGCGUCAAGCUGUCCAUCGUCAACCUGGCGCUCCUCGGCAACGGCUACGGCGCCGAGACGAUGCGCAAGCUCGUCGCCUCGACCGUGCUGCGCCGCAUCGAGGGCCACGCCAGCGAGGGCACCGGCACGCAGGCCGCGCCCGAGACGAUGGUCGUGGUCGACGAGGCGCACAUGGUCAUGCCCAACGUGGGCCAGACGCAGUCCGGCGACGCCGUCACGUCGACGGCGAUGGCGAAGCGGCUGCUGCAGCUGCACCGCGACAAGGGCUUCCCGCUGGUCAUCGCGACGCAGCGGCCGGCCGACCUGGACAAGAACCUGCGCGGCAUGAUCACCGGCACGCGGCUCAUCGGCAAGCUCGAGGGCACCGACAAGGACCGCAAGGACCUCAUCGACACUGUGGUCAAGAACACGGACCACAACAAGAGCUUCCGCGACAAGAUGAAGACGCUCCAGCCGCGCCAGUUCAUCCACAUCGCCUCGGGCGGCUCCGACGCGCUGCAGGUGGUCGAGUCGGGCCAGCUGAAGCGCCUGCACGAGUCGUCGGCCGCGUGGGUCAAGGGCUUCUCGCCGCAGCACCCGCUCGCGGCGCACGACGAGGAGCGCCGUGCCAAGCGCGCGCGCGCGCAGCGGUACCGCGGGCUCAUUGGGCCGGUAGCACAGCACCUCUCUCACUUUUGACCGCAUGCCAGCGAGCAGUGUGUGCAACGCAUGAGCGCCGUACUACGUACCAUCAUGUGGGGUCUCGUACGAGUAGUAUAGUACACAGAGCAGAUAGUGGGUGCGGCUGUGUGGGGUCUGGUACAGUUCAGACCUCUCUUUUUUGGAGGAGCUUCAGUGAGCAAGGGCGUUGGUCUGUGAUGUGCGCAUUUGUGUUCGUACGGUAUGCAUGCGCCAUGCGGUAGAACGUAGAUCGGUAGAUCGCGCC